GUUUAUGCAGUUCCACCGUAGCUUCCCACGUAUAUACCCGUUGAACGAGCUGAACCCUAACAAAUUGUUAAUUAACAUUUUAAAUAGUGAUUUAGUAUUACUAGUAAAUAGUUUGAUAUUAUAUUACAAAUAUAUAGUCACGUGUCAGGUAAAAAUAUAUGCACAAAUUUGGAUUUGCAGUGUGUCGCUAAAAUGAGCUAAGACCUUCAAAGGCAGCCACAGCCACAGCCAUGUCCCAAAAUGAUUCGGAUGAUGUACGCAGCACAGCUCAGCUUCUGCUCACAAAUGCUCGGCAUGGCGGCAAUCCCUACCACAUGCCGUACGAUAUGUCGCGACCGCAUUCCAUAAAUUUAUUUACGGAGGAGUUCCUGGGCGGCUAUAUGCAGGAUGGACGCAUGUCCGUGGUGCGACGUUUCUUCUGCCUGUUUGUCACCUUCGAUUUGGUGUUCGUUUCGCUGCUUUGGCUGAUUUGCAUAGUUAUUGGUGGCGACAAUAUAUUCCAGGCGUUUCAGAAACAAGUCAUGCAAUAUACCAUAUACACAUCGCUUUUUGAUGUAGUUGCCACGGCGCUUUGCCGCUUCAUAGUCUUAAUCUUUUUCUAUGCAUUGCUGUAUAUAAAUCAUUGGUCCAUUAUAGCGCUUUCCACAAGUGCUUCAUGUUUGUUUCUCAUCACCAAAGUGUUUUUCUAUGAUUGGGUGCACUCCAAACAGCAAGUAUUCGAGGUGAUACUCAUUAUAACAUCAUUCAUACUGGCCUGGGGUGAGGCUUGGUUUCUGGACUGCCGUGUGAUACCUCAGGAGCGGCAUGCCCGUCGUUAUUUUGCUGCGGCGAGCACAAAUGAGCGCACAACAUUAACGCAGCCAACGAUCUUGACGGAACACGAGCGCCCACCGCAAAGCGUAACCGAUUUCUAUUCACCCUUGGACACGGCACAUCAUUCUGACGAAGAGGAUGAAGAGGACGAGGAGUACAAUCAAAUGGGCUUGGACUGCCUGCGCAAGGCAUAUGAAUUUAUUGAGUCAACGGAUUGGAAAGUAGAAAAGGUUACGCCCAAGGGCGACACAAUACACAGCACACAGCGAGAUAAAAUUGGCAAGAUUUAUAAAUUAACGGCGCGCCUUAAGUAUCCCGCCAAAGCGCUUAUGGAGGAGCUGUUCUACCGCAUUGAAGAUGUUCCCAAAUGGAAUCCAACGCUCUUAGAGUCCAAGAUAGUUCGGAAAAUCAAUUCGUACACCGAUAUUACCUACCAAGUUUCCGUUGGCGGCGGCGGUGGCAUGGUAAAGAGUCGCGAUUUUGUCAACUUGCGUUCGUGUCGUUUAAUUUACAAUGGCAAAAUCUGUGAUGACGACGAAGCGGCUAAGCUUAGCAGCGAGGACGAGGACGAUAACUCUCUAAAUCGAUCUUGUGAGGGCAGUGUAACCACCUUAUCGGACAAUGAAUCGCAGACACCACAAGCCGGCAGUGUUGGUAGCUAUCGCAACAGGUAUUUCGGCCAGAGCUCGUUGCCGCCAGCGGAGGGCACAGCGACUGCGACAGCCCCAACGACACCCUACGACACAUUGAGCAAGAGUUUGGGCGCCAAGAGCUUGGGUGCUGCCUUAACGUUUAAUGCCGAACCACCGCCGCUGGAUGAUGCAUUCGAGGAUGCCAAAGAUCAGCUGGACGAUACGCCGCCCAUAAUGAAGAGCGUAUUAACGCCGACAGAUACUGUGGUGGGCAAGACCAAUGAAAAGGUGUGGAUGAGCGCAGCAAUUAGUGUGGAAUAUCCAGCCGUGCCGGCCAUAGCGAAGUAUACAAGAGGCGAGAACAUAGUGUCGGGCUUUGCGUUUCGAGAAAUCAUUGGCAAAUCGGAUGGUUGCAUAUUGGAAUGGGUGCUGUGCCUGGAUCUGAAGGGCUAUAUACCACGCUAUGUGCUAGAUGCAGCACUCACCUCAUCCAUGGUGGACUAUAUGAAAUAUCUGCGCAAGCAUAUAAAUGAGCUACGACAGCGUCGACGGCGUUGAUACUGCACUUCUCUUGUACAUAGACUAAUACGAUAGGUCGCUAACAUAAAGCUUCUGCAACAUAUUUAAAUUGUAUUUCAUAAACAAAUAAUUCGCGUAAUUAUAUUCUAAUUGUAUCUCAA